AUGGCGCUGAACAAUCCAGCAUUGUACCGCCUUACUUCUAUACUCACCGAUCACACCCAUAGUUUAAACGCUAUGGCUUUCUCUACCGAUGGUCUCAUGCUUGCGACGGGAGGAGACGACGGCCUCCUCCUCAUCUACUGCCUGUCCGUGACAAUGAAUACUUGGACCUUGAGAUUUCGUUUCCAAGCAAUAGGCGCCAUAACUUGUAUUGUCUGGAAUCCUCGUUUUGAAGCGGUUCUCCUAGUCGGUAAUCGCAAUGGCGAUGUUCACGUUAUCCGGUUGAGCCGCGUUUGGAACCCUUGGUCUGCCACAUAUCGACGCAGCAGCAUUAUAUGGAAGCUUUCUAGGCGUAGCUCAGUCCAAUGCCUUGCAAUCAACCGUAGGGGUAACAUGAUCGCGAUCGGUCACGGAACUAGUGUAUCGCUAAUGAAACAAGGAACACCAUCUGCGUUUGACGACAUAUCCAUCAUACCCGAUCCUCCGACAUUUCCAGAGGUAGAGGGUACGCUUCCCCGCCCUGUCGCCCGAUCCCUCCAUUUUGUGGACGAUGAAGACGUCAUCAUCGUCACCUAUCUACAGCAUGGGAUCGCAGCCUGGAAUGUCCGUACGCUUGGGCUGCGCUGGCAGAUAAGGCCUCGUACUUGUCGCAUUGGGGCAUCCUCCCUGUCUCCUGAUGGGGCAACGCUUGUCGUCUCAAAUCUCUAUGAUGGUCUUGACCAUUACUCUAUCCCGACUCGUCGGUGGGUUAAUACGACCAUGCACCCCGUUGGCGAUAACGUCUGCAUUCCAUUGGAACACAUACAUGACGGUUCAGAUAUCCUCUUCGGAGGUAGUAUAGGAUGUGCACGAAUCCUACACAAGGCAAACUCAGAGAUCGUUGCAGUCCUUGAACAUGACGAUGACCUGGUGCAAGCGAUUGCUUACUGUAGGCGAAGGCCGAAGGGCUGGUGGGGUAGAGGCUUCGCAGAUCAGAUAGCGACAGGAGUCUCCGAGUGCGGCUCGCGUACGGAAGUGAGAAUUUGGUCUGGGUCCGAAGACCCUCGCGAUACAUUUGCGAAGGCUCUGACGGGGACUUUUUCAACAUUCAAAUCCUUAAUUCCAUCUCGACGCGACUUCACCGUUGUGGCAUUCACUAUUGUCGCAAUCGCCGUGAUCGCAGUUUUAUCACCGGAAGCUCGUGUCAGGAAACUACUCCGCUGGCUUCUUCAGCAUAUGAGGGAGUUUGUCAUUCAGCCGCUGGUAGAUGUCUGGCGCGUUAUCAACGCAUCGGAUGGGGAACUGACAUAUGUUGACAAUCUUGCCGAUGAUGAUGAUGACGCACUUCUGGACUCCGUGCACUCCAAGUGGGCCUCUCAUCAUCAGUUCGAGACAAUCACUGUGGGCUCUCCGACGCAGACACUGCGGUGGACCGCAAUGCCCAAUUAA